GGCUGGCCCCGCCCCCGAUGCCCAGGACUCCCCGAUACCACCGCUGCUAGCUUGCGCCCCGGAAGCUGCCCCUUCUCGGGGGUCACGAUGGGCAGCAAAAUGGCGUCUGCCAGCAGAGUCGUUCAGGUAGUCAAGCCACAUACUCCAUUAAUAAGAUUCCCAGACAGAAGAGACAAUCCUAAACUCAGUGUAACAGAAGCUUUGAGAUCAGCGGGGCUGCCGUCUCACUCACCUGUAAUUUCACAGCAUUCUAAGGGGAGUAAAUCACCAGAUUUGUUGAUGCAUCAGGGUCCACCAGACACUGCAGAAAUAAUAAAAACAUUACCUCAGAAAUACAGAAGGAAACCCGUAUCUCAAGAAGAAAUGGAAUUUAUCCAACGUGGAGGUCCAGAAUAAGCAUUGUGGCUGCUGUUUGUCAUCAGACAAAAGAAUUGUCUUUACAAUAAAGGACUUCCAAGACAAAUGAAAAACUGUAUAUUAACGUUAAUAAAUACUCUACAAAAAAUGAAGUACAGAAAAUUUAAAUGGAUAUUUUUAACUCCUAAUUUAUGUAUCUUGGUCAGCUUCUCUACAAGCUUACCUAUUGUUUAUAUACAUUAUACUUAUUAAAGUAUACAUUUUGAAAUGUUAAUUUGCUCUUGAUUAUCAAGUAUUACCAGUAAUGAACUAUUAAAAGCACACAGUAUUUCCCAUG